ACUUCGGGUCUCAACCGAAGACGAUUACUUUAUUACUUGCAGCAGUACAUGAGUUGGUGUCAUCUCCGUCACAUAUUUAGAGCCUAAUAUCACAAAAAAACAAAACCUAUUUCCUUUCUCCCUCCAACACUGCAUCGGUAAUGCACCCGCACGAUGACCUCAUUACGUGUUUUUGUGUUAUCCAAGUCACACGUUCUACGUUUUGUUGAGAAAUUAUUUUUCGUUAGCAAUUACCGACGUACAAUAAUGGGAAAAAGGAAGCGAUCGGCAUCGAGGGAUAGUGAUUAUGAUGGCAUUUUGCGAAAAAUGAGGAGGUUGGAGCGUAAAAUUAAGAAAAGACAAAGACAACGGUCAUUAUCUGUGUCGUCGGAAGAUUCACGGCCAGAUUAUACAGGUGGAGGCCAUCUAGAAGAAACCCUCUAUGACGAGGUUAUUACUAUUGACAAUAACGAGUGCUCGCCUACUCAGCUCGAGACAACUGAGCCAGCCGACACCGAUGAUCCAAGCGAACCGGCGGCGCCGGCGGCGAGCGCAGAUGUACAGGAUGAUGCUACAGAGGCGCCGUUAGAACCUGAAGUUCUACAACUCCUUGGUGAAGACCUUGUGAAUCAAAAAAGUUUCGGAGAUAAUUUGCAUAAGGACAUUGCUCCUAGAUGGACGCAUAUUCUUGUUAAUGGCCUGUCUAAAGAUAACCAAUCCGAACUGUUGAAACGUUACUUACCACCAGAGAAUUGUCCAAAUCUAAGAGCACCAAAACUCAAUUUAGAAAUAAAAGCGGCUCUUCCGGACAUAAAUGUAAAAAAAGAUUUGUACAACCAAGGUAAACAAAACCAACUAGCUAGUAGUCUCGCUGCAAUUGGACAAGUCUUAAAUUGGGCCCUUGCAUCUAAAAGUACGGUUCCUCAGGAUAUAAUAAAGACUUUGAGUGACGCUGGAAGACUUAUUUGCGACAGUCAUUACAGAGAAUCACAAGCUCGCAGGUACGCUGCGCUAAAUAUUCUCAAUAAAAAUAUCAGAGAUACGGUGAAAAAUACUAAGAUAGAUGAACAUCUUUUUGGAUCUGAUUUGUCAGAACAUAUCAAAUCAUCGAAAGCCAUUACCAGGACUGGAUCGGAAUUGAAACAGGCGCCACGAACUCCAUACAAGGCGCCUCCAGCUCCACAAGUGCAGAGGGGAGCUUUAAACUCGAGGGGGGCGUCGCGUGCAGCAGCGGCAGAGCCGCGGACGAACCCCGCAGCACGCCGGCCGCCGCGGGAUCGCCGCCAGGACUCGGCGCGGGGUCGCCGCCCCAACACCGCACACACGCGCCAGCAGGCGAGGGGACGCCAGUAGAAAUCCUACCACAGGGACUGCCAUCCACUCCACGCAGACCUUAUCCUGGUGGCAGCCAAAUUAUCAGGGAGUCAAUGAUUAGGCGUGGUGUACCACAAGAGUCCCUAGAUAUAUUGAUGGCGUCUUUUGCAUCAAAUACAUUAAUUC